AUGGAUCCUGAGCUUUUGCGUCAGCGUGCUGCAUUCCAGAAACAAGCGUCAAGGACGGUUUCGGUACAGCAACGUCCUCAGAUUCAAUUGAAACGACAUCUUAGUCAACAACAGUGGCCAUUGUCGUUACAAGAAAUACUGGACGAAUUGCAAGUAUAUGAUCUGUCUAAAAGAUCGGAGGCUUGGCUUAAGGAGGCACUUCCGAAGAAUCCAAGGUUAACGUACGAUGAGGAGUCGAAGUUCUCAUACAAACCUCCAUAUAAGAUCAAAGGAAAGACGUCAUUGGUAGCAGUGGCAAAGAAGCACCAUGAAGAUAUACGUGGAGGUAUUUUGUUGUCUGAAUUAAACGAUUGCAUUCCAAAUGGGGAAAAGGUGUUAGAGAGCGAGGGAUAUCCUGUCUUAGAGACCGAAAGGGAGGGUGACGGUCCAACAUUUACUGAUGACAGAAGAGGGCAGGCUCUCAGUGACCAGAUUAUUGUGGUACCAACUCAAGUGAACAAACGAAAGGACAAAGUGUUUUUCUACAACGACCAAGAAUUUGACAUUUUUGUGGAGGAAGAAUUUAAGCAGAUUUAUCGGAAAGUGUCUGUAGAUCAUUUGGAUGAGAAGAAAAUUGAAGAGUAUCUGCAAAAACACGGAAUCGAUACAAUGAAGGAUCUUGCUCCGAAGAAAAUUGGCAUGGGACCGUUGAAACGAAAGACUCCAAAACGCCGUCAUAAUAUUAAAGUUCAGAACCAGCAUUUGGAAGGUGUACUGGAAGAUUAUGAAGAGACAUGA